UCACAGAACAUACAUUAUUGGAAGAUGCAGUAACAGAGCUCUAGGUGUUCACCCAUGUCUUGGGGCUUAAACUGAGAACACAAAAAUUGUAACUGUAAACCUGCCACUGGUUAUGACACCCUGCUACUGAUCACACAGGUAGACGUACUUGCAUUGUUUCCAUCAUAGUCAUCUAGAUCUGGGUGUAGCCUUUACUCUCCUGUGUAUAUAAUCCCUCACAGUGCUGGAGCCAUGAACAGACAGAGACGACACGUUAGAGAACCCUCAACAGGCAAGCACAAGGCAUGGCAGAGAAUAAUAUUUGGAAACCAAAGCUAGGGACAUUUAUUGGUCUGCUAGGAAUUGAGUACAAUUAUGUGCUUGGACAGUUUUUAUCCCUUGAAGACGUUGCCAGUAUUUUUUCUGCUAAUAAUGAAAAUCAUAAAAGAAUUGCGGUAACACUUAAAAAAGUAGAAAGUCACCAUUAUGAACAUAUGCAGGUACCAAUUCCAGUCUAUAGUGUUAAGCAUGUCGCCACGAAGACAGACUUGGAAGGAAUUUGGGGUGAAGAUGGAUUUAGAACAAUAAGUAAUAAAGAGAGAGAGAAACCUCCAUGGAUAAUUGAAGAAAGACCUGAAUUCCAAGAUCUGUUGUACUGGAGCGCAGAUAUCUCUUCAGAAGAUCUUGAGAAAGCCCGCCAACAGGCAUAUGAGAAAGUGAGUAAGGUCGUUGACCCAAAAGAUCCAAGAAUGUUUUCAGGAGAAUUAAGAGAACAAUUUGGCAACUCUCCGGCUUUUCGAGAAUCUGUUUCCCGUUACGGUAAUUUCAAGUUUUCCUUCCCAUUACAUGACCUUCUAUCUUGGUACAAGGAUCAGCACUGCGGAGGUGGGGAGCCUCAGAUGAGGAUUCUGGGUACUGAGCUCUACAAGCUGGAGAUCGCCCAUUAUAUUGUAGUGCACAGUCCUGAUACCGACAAGUUCAAUGAUUUCACCGAGGUGCCCACUGUCCAGGGAAGUUCUGAUCCUUUGCCCUUUGUGUACCGGAUGGAUGGGACAUUGUACUGGAGACCGGAGUCCACCACCAUCCCUCUCAAAGUAAUGGUUUCUAAAGAUGGUGUUGUCCGUAAAGAGUGCUACCAGCCCUGUGCGUUUUUUAAAAAUGAUGGUACCUGCUUCCAUACUGAUGAUGGAACCUACGGCGUGUGGAACCAUCUGAUUUUGGCUUUUCAUCUCCCUAACGGCCACCUGAAGAUUCCUAAAGAGCUGCUUAUACAGAACCUGACCGCCUGUAAAAGAGAUGACAUCUAUUUGAAAAAAGAAUGUCUGCCUAGAGAGGAGGCAGAGGAGGUCAUCCAGGAAUUAAAGGAAGAAGUUCCUAAACAGCCCAUGUUUAUAACGGAUCAGGUGGAAGGCUGAGUAACCAAAGACCUGGAUGGAUUGUACACAUCAAUAUAUCGUAACUUCUACUGUUUAUGUGGUUACACUGAUGUAACUUUAUAUAUAUAUAUUUUUUUUUUGUAUCAUUGGAGAGAUUGUGACAUCCUCCAUGCUUCCUUCAAACAGUGUCUUUGUAGAAUUAGGCUGCUGUAAUAGUAAACUACAUUUCUGCAAUGUAAUUUUAGUGCUUCAAUGUCGAUAUUUUGUAUUUUGUAUAAUAACUCAAAUGUUUUAUUUUAAAAAGUGAUCAGUAGAAAUGAAUACGUGAAUAUAAAUAAAUACAAUUAUUGAA